CUCUCUCUACUUGAAGAGCUUUAGCACUUCAGCCAACAUCCUGAAGCGGGCCACUCUCCUCUCCACCCCUCCUCUCCUCCGGACCAACACAUGGACUCAAGCAGCUCGAAAAGACGGCAGUGAGGAAAAGCAACUUUUCAGUAGAGAGAUAAAUGGUGGGAGGGAAGUCUGCUGUUGGUUUCCUGGACAGAGCUGCAUGCGCCGGCUGGAGUGCUGAAGCUACAAUAAGAGUCAAUCUCCCUUUUCCUGUGUGUGUUUUCUGUCUGCCCUCACGAGGAACUGCAGGAGCAGGAACUGGGCUGAAGAAGACUUCUGGAUGCAUCAGCUAAGAGGAGGACGGGCCGAAAGGGGAAAGUGAUAAAACAGAGACAGGAGCAGCAGGGGUUGGACUGAGAAGACAGAAGGAAGACAGAGUUAGAGUCUUGAGGGACAGUUUAACAAGAAAAAGAUAAAGGAGAGAUAGUGGACCGAAGGAGGAAACUCACCUGACUCCCCUCUCUGCUCUGCCAGGUGGAGCAUCCUCCUCCCUCCCUCCCCUUUCCCUCUCCUCCCCCUGACAUGGGCCGCCUGCUGGCCCUGACCCUUGCCUACCUGGCCUACCUGCUGGCCGCAGCAAUCGGCUCAGAGCGCCAACAGCACCGUGUGCAGCACGGCCCCUGCAGCUACACCUUCAUCCUCCCUGAGGUGGAGCAUUGUCAACCUUUAAAGGACUUCCAGGUCACCAACACCCUCCAGAGGGACUCCCCGCCCGAGGCCGAGCCUGGAACGAGCCAGUCAAAGCCGGUCAAGGCCCAAAAGGAGAGGCCUUCCUGGCAGGAGACGAAGCUGGAGAGUCUGGAGAGUGCCAUGGAGAACAACACCCAGUGGCUUCAGAAGCUGGAGAACUUCAUCCAGGAGAAUGUGCGCUCUGGGAUGGAGGAAAUGAAGAGAACUGCGGUACACACCCAGACAGCUGCCAUGCUGGAGAUGGGAACCAACCUCCUAAGCCAAUCAGCCGAGCAGACCCGCAAACUAACAGACGUUGAGACCCAGGUGCUAAACCAGACGAGUCGCCUGGAGAUCCAGCUGCUCGAGUACUCACUCUUCACUAACCGGCUGGAGAAACAUAUUCUCCUGCAGACUCAAGAGAUCUCACGCCUCAGUGAUAAAAACAGUUUUCUGGAACAGAGGCUCUUAGCGUUGGAGGCUCGGUAUGGGAAGGAGCUGCAAGGGCUGGAGAGUGAAAAGCAGCAGCUUCAAGAGCUCCUGGAGAGGCAGAGUCGACUGGUCAGUCAGCUGCAGGGGGAGCUGGGCAGCUCCACGCUCAACAGCACCUCACUGCAGAAACAGCAGGCCGUGCUCUCAGACACUGUUCAGCAGCUGCUGGCUAUGGUCAACCACUGCAAUGAAAUCUCCAACGUGCCCAAGGAGGAGCCGCUUAGUUUCAGGGACUGCGCCGAGAUCCUGCGAUCAGGAGUGACAGAGAGUGGAAUAUAUAGCAUACGCCUCCCCAACUCAACUCAGACUGUCAAGGUGUUCUGUGAUAUGAAGACCAGAGGCGGCGGCUGGACGGUGCUGCAGCAUCGGACAAACGGCUCUGUCGACUUCCACCGUGGCUGGAGGGACUACAAACUGGGCUUUGGAGAGCUGUCUGGGGAACACUGGCUGGGGAAUGAUAUCAUCCACAAGCUGACCAGCUCCCAAGAAUACAGUCUGCAUGUCCAGCUGAAAGACAGAGAGGGGAACGAAGCCUUCUCACAGUACGAACAUUUCUACAUAGACGGAGAGGAGAAUAACUACAGCCUCCAUGCCGAGCACUUCAGUGGCACAGCUGGACGGACCAGCAGCCUCACCCACACCGGCACCCAGUUCAGCACCAAGGACAGAGACAACGACCGCUGCACCUGCAAGUGCUCCCAGCUGGCAUCUGGAGGUUGGUGGUUUGAGGCUUGCGGUCCAUCCAACCUGAAUGGCAUUUAUUACCCCGCCUCGUCCAGCGUGGUCCGCUACAAUGGCAUCAAGUGGUACUACUGGAAGGGUCCAAAUCUGAUGGCUACCACGACUACCAUGAUGGUGCGCCCGGCAAACUUCUGACCGCCUGAUGUCACAUGGAGUGAACGUCACUUCUGAUGAAUUUAAUGAACAAUAUCCAGAAAACUGAAUAUUUGCCAGGUGGUUUCAGUUUUCGAACAUCUUGGACGGGUGCAGACGCGGUUGCCUGGGGACACGUGCAGACUCCCAGGAGAAGACUGUGGUUUCCGUGGUGAAAUUUCACCUGGAAUAUCUACUCACCAAAGUGCCCAGGCUAUAUUUUAAUAAGCAUUGUUCAGCGAGAAAGGACGGAGAUAGAGGGCUUGAGCUUUGCUACAGAUAAAAACACACCUUAUCAAAUCAAAUUAUGCACUUACAUAUGACCCAAAAUUAAAUUAAAUCAUAAAGGGAUAAACCCUUAAAGACACUUUAUAUCAAUACCUAUUUUUAUAUUAAAGUAUGAAAACCUA